AUAAUGCAUUGUGUUUUAAUGACUUUUGAACUCUGGAUAAAAACAAGCCGAUCAGCUGGUGUAAAAGCAACAACAUCUACAGGAGUGUGACACUAAAUAGCUCAGCUAGCUAACUUUCUCAUGAGCGUUAGCUGUAUGUGGCAGUCGGCGGUAUGGUGUUAGACAGUGUACGUGUCCUGUUUUAGACUGUGAUGUGGCAGCACUUUAGUUAACGAGCCGUCGUCUGUCGGACUGGUAGCCACUGCUAGGUCAGUCUAUUGAAACGAAGCUUGUUUGUUUCUUCAGGAGUGUGUCUCUUUGUGACCCUAAGUAUAUAUAUAGACUCUUUAUUACUGAGUUUUAGAACGUAUUUUUUAGAUAUCGAAACCAAACGAGCAUGCCGGGCUUCUUUUAAAUAGCAACCGGACAAGGCAAGAGAUGCAGGGCAGCUAAUGUUAGCUAGCCAACUGUUGUACCAAAAUCAUAAAAUAAUUGCUUGUCUGAACAAGUGUUUUGAAAUUGCUUCCUGGUCGUGCUUUGCUACAUACUGAAUACCCUCUUUAAUAACAGGAAAUAAUAUGGUCCUCAGCUGAACAUUUCAUAGUAUUUUUUCACAAUAUUGUACAUGAGUGAAUUGGCUAUUUAGAGAAUUUGAACACAUCACAUCUGGUUUUGCUCACCGAGCUACAACCGUGUGUCCCACUCCAGCCCUCGUUAUUCUCAGUGAGCAAGUGACCUGUCAGGUUUGAGAUGAGUGGUCAAGGUCCAGCUCAGGAUAAAGGAAUGAACACGGUCUUGGUCUGUCAGGAGAGCUACGCCUGUGGGGGCUCAGAUGAGGCAACGUUUGAAUGUGAUGAGUGCGGCAGCUUGCAGUGUUCCCGAUGUGAACUGGAGCUCCAUCGCCAGGAGCGGAUGAGAAAUCACGACCGGGUUCGGAUUGCGCCAGGCCACGUUCCCUUCUGUGACUCGUGCAAAGGUGACAGCAGCUGCUCUGUGAACGGUGGAAGGCUCAGAGCGGUGGUGCGCUGCCAGGGUUGCAAGAUCAACCUGUGUUUGGACUGCCAGAAACGCACCCACAGCGGAGUCAACAAGAGGAAGCACCCUCUGACACCUUACCCCCCUGCCAAAGCUCCCCAGGAUAACAGCGUGACUGCUGGGGAGUCACAGAUGGAGAUCCUUAAAGCUGAGCUGGACAAGGUGUCCAGCUUCCUUCUGGUGGAUGAGAGGGAAGAGAUGCAGGUGAAGGAUGAGGAAGACUUUGUGAGCAGACUGGGCUGCAAGCCCGACGAGCUCCUCAAGGUGGUCUCCAUCUUUGGAAACACUGGAGAGGGCAAGUCCCACACCCUGAACCACACAUUUUUCCUAGGAAGAGAAGUGUUCAAGACCUCACCCACCCAAGAGUCCUGCACCGUGGGGGUGUGGGCAGCUAUGGACCCUGUGCACCAGGUGGUAGUCAUCGACACGGAAGGACUUCUUGGGGCUGGAGCCAAUCAGGGUCAGCGAACUCGGCUGCUCCUCAAAGUCUUGGCUGUCUCUGAUGUGGUCAUCUACCGAACUCAUGCUGACCGUCUCCAUGAUGAUCUCUUCAAAUUCCUUGGUGAUGCAUCAGAUGCUUACCUGAAACAUUUCACCAGGGAGCUGAAAGCAACAACAGCCCGCUGUGGUUUGGAUGUCCCGUUGUCCACUCUUGGCCCUGCAGUAAUCAUCUUCCAUGAGACCGUUCACACAAAGCUGCUAGGAUCAGAUAAACCUACAGAAUCAGCCGAGCGUCUUCUCCAGGAGCGUUUCAGGAAGCUGGGUCUGUUCCCAGAAGCAUUUAGUUCCAUCCAGUAUCGCGGAACUCGGACCUACAACCCUCCGACUGACUUCAGUGGUCUGCUUCGCAGCCUGGAGCAACAGCUGGAUAACAACACCACCCGGUCGCCGCGCUCUGCCAGUGUCAUCUACAAGGCUCUGCAGGCCCUGAGCGAGAGCUUCAGUGGGGAUAUUCCAGAUGAGCACAUGACCAGUAACUCAUUCUUUCCAGAUGAGUACUUUACCUGCUCUAGCCUCUGCCUCAGCUGUGGCUCAGGCUGUAAGAGAAGCAUGAAUCACCUAAAGGAAGGACUCGACCACGAAGCCAAACAUCGCUGCCGCUACUCUGCGCAGUAUGACAACCGCAUCUACACUUGCAAGGCCUGCUAUGAGGGAGGGAAGGAGGUGAUAGUGGUUCCCAAAACAACGGCCUCGUCUGACUCACCAUGGUUUGGCCUGGCCAUCUAUGCUUGGUCUGGGUAUGUGAUCGAGUGCCCCAACUGUGCAGUGAUCUACAGAAGCAGGCAGUACUGGUACGGAAACCAGGACCCAGUGGAAACAGUGGUCAGAACAGAGAUCCAGCAUAUUUGGCCCGGGUCUGACGGGUUUUUGAAAGACAACAACAACGCUGCUCAGAGGUUGCUGGAUGGAGUCAAAUACAUUUCGCAGUCAGUGUCUGAACUCAGCGUCAAGCCUGCCAAAGCAGUCACCUCCUGGCUUACAGACCAGAUUGCUCCCACCUACUGGAAACCCAACUCCCUUAUUCUGAAAUGCCACAAAUGUGGGGAGGAGUUCCAGCCCAACGACACCAAGCACCACUGCCGCGCCUGUGGAGAAGGCUUCUGUGAUUCCUGCUCCUCAAAAACCCGGCCGGUCCCUGAGAGGGGCUGGGGCCUAGCGCCUGUUCGAGUCUGUGACGCCUGUUUCCACAACAGGGGAAUCCCAACUGAGUUGCUGGAUGCUGCCUUGGAGGAGGAAGGAGGCACCUUGAUAGCCAGGAAGGUUGGGGAGGCUGUUCAGAACACGUUGGGAGCUGUAGUUGGUGCCAUGGACAUACCCCUCGGCCUGGUGAAGGAUGCAGCUCGCCCGGCCUACUGGGUCCCAGAUCAGGACAUCCACUCCUGCAGCGAGUGCCAGCGGGAGUUCACCCCACGUCUCUCCAUCCAUCACUGUCGCGCCUGUGGCCAGGGCGUGUGUGACGACUGCUCUCAGGAGCGACGUGCUGUGCCCUCUCGUGGCUGGGACCACCCAGUGAGGGUCUGCAAUGGCUGCAGCCAGAAACCUGGUGAGCUCUAGCAGGACAAGGAGCAGGAGUCAGAGGGGGAAACAGUUAAAGACGCCCAAAACUGGAACUGACAACAUUGUGACUUAUACAUAUAUAUAUA